GUCAUGAGCUGUGGCGACGAUGUGGUUCCUCCUUCUUCUCCUGCACACUGCUCACAUUGAGGCGGUGAUCGCCCAAAGCACGAGUGAGAAUAGGCUGAUUCUGAGGCAUGGAAGCAGCCCAUGUGAAGGCUACAUUGAAAUCUACCAUGAAGGCGAAUGGGGCCAUGUUGGAGAGAAAUACUGGACCGAGAACACUGACAAAGUGGUGUGCAGGAGCACUCACUGUGGGGAACCUGUGAACUGCACAUCAGACACUGUGUCAUGGGCCAUUGAGCCGAUGUUGCUCAACGAAGUGAAGUGCAAUGGAAAGGAGGACCAUCUGUGGAACUGUGAACAUCCUGGUUUUAAAGUCAGCAGUUCCAAAAAGAAAAUUCAGAGAAAGAUCAAAUGUUCAAAUAACAUCACAAUGAGCCUGGAUGGAUUUAAAUGUGCGGGAGCUGUCAAGUACUCCACAGAUGGGGGGCUAACUGAUUCAGGAUACUUUUGCGGUGAUACAGGCUGGGAUACAAAAGAAGCCGAUCUUUUGUGUAAAAACCUCGACUGUGGUACAACCGAUGAGAUUCCAAAGGACUGGAUGGUUCUGAACAAAUUCCAAGAGACGACAACAAAGAAGAUGACGAUCAAGUGUUCAGGCUUUGGAAAAAUAGAUAAUCUGUGGCAGUGUGUCACUGGGGAAUCAAGAUCGUGCAAAAAGCCUGCUUCUGUCAUAUGCACAGGUCAUGACAAACUGCGACUCAAAGGAAACGCAUCAAAUGUGUGUUCUGGGAGGCUGGAAAUAGAGGAAAAUGGCAAGUGGAAUCCUUUAAAAAAAAAAAAUAAUUCUGAUGAUUGGUGCCAGCAAAUGCACUGUGGUACGGAGGCCUUCCACAGUAAGGGCGACAACGGCAUACAGCUGACAUGCUCAGACAAUGUUACAGUAGUUUUGAAGGACAGUGACAAACCCAGCACCUGCUACGGUGAAGUUCAUAUUCAAAGGAAUGGUAAAAGUCAGGCCGUGUGUGGGACCGCCUCGACCUGGACCAAGAAGGAGGCUGAAGUGGUUUGCACGGAGCUAAACUGCGGCAGCGUGAUUAUUUACAAGGCGAAGUCAGUAAGGGGAGAAGGGAUAAUGGACAAUGUGAAAUGCUCAGGCGAUGAACCCUCACUGUGGCACUGUAGAGCCAAGCAUUCCAAGAAUCAAUGUUCCUCCGUUGCUUACGUAGUCUGUGCAGAUAGUAUAUCAGUGAAAUUGUUGGACGGUCCUGGUAAAUGUGCUGGGAGAGUGGAGGUCCAGCAUGAGGGCAAAUGGCACAGGGUCAAUCAAGCUGAAUGGAAAGGUACCAAUUCAGACACUGUCUGCAAACAACUGAACUGUGGGAGUAGAAGAGUUCUCACCACUCCUGAAAAAUUCAGCCAGGGUUCAAAUGAUUUUCUACGCAAAACUGUAAAAUGCAACCCAGACGCCAAACAUAUAUCUGAGUGUAUUCCAGAAACUAACUCAAACGACCAAACCAAGGAUCUGGUGGCAGUAGGAAUAACCUGUGAGGAGCACAAGGUGGUAUUUCUGAAAGGAGAUAGUUCCUGUUCUGGCAUGGUGGGGAUAGAGCACGACACCAAAACCUACUGGCUCUCCGGCUCUAACGAGACAUGGGACCAAAACUCUGCCGACACUGUGUGUCGACAGAUGCACUGUGGGAGUGCCUUGAACCAUACCUCCAUCCCUAGUGCUGAUUUGAUGAAAGAUGUUUGGAAUGUAUCUUACAGCUGCUUAUCCAACUCCACAUCUCUGUUGGACUGUGAAAACACAACACUGCCAUCAAACCACAGUGACACUAUUGCCACUGUGGCAUGCUCAGGAAAAAUCGAGGUGAACCUGACCAAUGAGUGUUGGGGGUAUGUCAAUGUUUGUGCAAAUGGAGAGUGUGGAAAUGUGUGUGCAGACACCUGGACAGACAAAAAUGAUGCGAUGCUGUGUAAAGACCUGGGCUGUGGGGACAGUGUCCUAGAGACCAAAGCCAACACUAAAGGGAGUAAGGUGCUUUUUAAGGGUUUGCACACUACAAACAACAUGAACAACCUGAGCCAGAGCAUCUUCAUUAAAAAUGAUGAAAACGAUUACAUCUGUAAACCUCGCCAAGCCUAUGUUGUUUGCUCAGGUAGUUUCAAGUCCAAAUUUUCUUCUUCCAGAGACAAAUGUUCUGGAAAUGUGUUGGUGGAGUAUGAAGGCCAGUGGCUCCCAGUCUGCAAAAAAGCUUUUGAAAACAUCAACACACAAAAGGCCAUCUGUGGGGAAGAAUGUGGUCUGGCUGGAGAACCCAUUCCUUACUUCGGACCGGAAUCAACAGAGGGUCGUGUCAUUGAAAAAAUAGAGUGUGGGGAUGACGCAAAAUCAAUAACAGCAUGCAAGGUCAAAACGGGUCCUCCGAGUACCUGCUCACAACGUGGUGGUCUUCAAUGCUCCAACUGGCGUAAGAUGGAGCUGACUGUAGGUGUGGAUAUGGCCUGUAGUGGAGCUGUGUCCGUUCUCUCAAAGAACGGAACGAGUGCUGUUUCCGUUAAAGAUUGGACAAAAAAAGAGGGGGAUGUGCUUUGCCAGAAUCUGGAGUGCGGCUAUUUCAACUCAAGUGGGACAGCUACAUCGGCUAUUAGCUUGACCACAAGCUUCAGCUGUGCAGGUGUGAAGGAUCCAAAAAGCAUCUGGGAAUGUGAAAAUCAAACAUCGGACAAACAGAAGCAGCUCUUUCUCAAAUGUCAAGAUGAGCCCAAGUUCACCCUAUCAAACACAUGUCAUGGUGAAUUGAAGAUAAAUGAUGUUGCGGUGUGCGCCACUGACUGGAACGAUGCAUAUUCAGACAUGGUUUGCAGAGAAAAGAAUUGUAGCAACGCUAUUGCUGGUGUAUCUCAUGAUAAACCGGCUGAGGCAAAAAAGAACUACUUCCACGUCAGCUGUGAGAAAAACCAUAAUAAUCCUGGCCAGUGCAAGAGAUACAAGGGAAAGUGUCAAAAAGAUGGAAAAGAAGGAAAACUGGUGUCUGUUUACUGCGUUCACAAUGUUAAGUUUAACACCACCCAAACAUGUGGAGGUCAGAUUGAAGUCAGCUAUGGACGUGGAUGGAAAAAAGUGUGUCCCUUGAAUUUAUUCUCCAAGAAACAUAAGGAGAUGCUGUGUAAAGUACUUGGUUGUGGUUCUCUUAAUGAAAGCAUAACUAACAACAACAAACAGGACCCUGUCCCUAACUUGGAAAUAUUGCUGGAGUGCAACAACGAUCAUCAGAACAUCACAUACUGUGUCAGCCAAAAACCUUGUAAAGAUGCCCAACCAGCUGAGAUCUACUGUGACGGGUAUGUGCCCAAAAAGGAAACAGAUCCUGUUCCACCACCGCCCAACAUACUGUAUAUCAUCCUGGGAGUAGGAUUUCUUCUGGUUCUGGUCAUACUGAUUGUUGUAUUUGUACGCAUCUGCAUUGUCAAGAAAGCCAAAAAAAAAGCCAUGAAUUUCUCGUUGAGAAAGCUGUCAAGGAAAGAAGUGGAGUUUGAAAGUGGAGACUAUGAAGAUGUCAAAGACAAUGAAAUGGAGGACUUUAACCUUAGCAGAUUCAAAUCAGAGACUGAAGUCAUCACGGAGAACGAUGCACGGAGCACUUCCUCUUUUCCCUACGAUGAUAUUGAUGAGGCUCAACCCCUGACCUCUCAAGUCGCCACUGAUGCUGACUCAAGAAACAACAUCAAUCAGGGUGACCCCGAUGAAAGCACAGAUGGGGUGACCUACGAGGUGGACGACCCUCAGGAGAAUUACGAUGACAUCGAAGCCUGCCCUGAAAUCACUCAAACCGAGGCUGAAGUCCACAACAGCCCCCAAACAACACCUGAAAGCGACGCAGAGGCACCUCAAGGAUUAGUGCAGGGGGAUGAGGACUACCUAGUGCCAGGCCAGGACGGGUGAGCCAAAACUAGGUUUAAAGGCUACAGAAAUACAUUUCAAUCUGGCUACCAUUUACAAAAACAUACUAAAAAAGUCAAAAUUAUAGUCAAACAUCAUUAGUGCAAAAAAGCUUUUUAUGCAGCAGAAAUAUGCAAAAGUGGUUGAAAUAAACUUUAAAGCAGGGGUCUUCAAUGUUUUUUAAGCCAAGGACCCCUUA